GUACAAAGCCGCACUUUAUUAAGCGGGUACAACAAGCUGGGGUACCAAAAUCCCUUUAGUAGCGCGUCACAAGACCAAAAGCAAAGCCAUGCCGGACAAGGGCACCGUCGUGCCCCUGCCGCCGACGGCGAAGCGCCUCGAGGAGGCGAAGACACUCGAGACCCCGCAGAGCUUCGUGCCGGGCACGAGCGUGAGCGCCGGCCAGUCGUGGCAGGCGGCGGGCCCCGCGCGCAAGAUGAUGCCGGUGGGCGUGGUGGGCGCGCUGGGCGCCAGCUACACCGUCUUCGAAAAAAAUUGGACGUGCGGCGAGUGCCACACGGAGAACUACGCGAGCAAGCCGCGGUGCCUGCGCUGCCGCGCGCGCAAGCCCGCCGGCGGCGGCGGCGUCGUGAGCGGCGGCGCCGCGCCCGCGUCGCGCGACGGCGGCGGCGGCGGCGACGCGAACGUCCCCGUGCACGGCGAGUGGAAGGAGGUCUUCGACGACGCCUCGAAGCAGCUCUACUACGCCAACGGCGCGACGGGCGAGACGCGCUGGGACCGGCCCCUGGAGAUGGGCCCGACCCCGCACGCGAGCGGCUGGUUCGGGCGCGGCGCCGCGGGCUCCAAGGCGGCGGCGGGCUACGAGGCGAACGACGUCGAAUAUUUGAAACGCCCGGCGCGGCAGCAGGUCGACUACGUCGCGUCGAAGAACACGGUGCUCGAGGGCGCCUACGAGUACAACCUCUGGUGGGGCAAGUACCUGGGGGAGCACUGGGGCGACAAGACGCGGGAGCCGGCCGAGACGCGGUGCGUCUUGGCCACGGACGCGGGCCGGACUAAGGCGGACGGCGCGCGCGGCGCCGCCGCCUUCUGCCUCUUCUUCGCGCGCGGGUCGUGCGGCCACGGGUCGAACUGCCGCUACUUCCACAGGAUCCCGGUCCGGAAAGACCUGGACCGGCUCGCCCGGGACGAGCAGCGCGACGUCUUCGGGCGCGAGCGGCACCGGGAUUUCAGGGACGACAUGACGGGCGUCGGCGCGCUCAUGAAGCCGUGCAGGACGCUCUACGUCGGGUCGCUGCUCAAAGCCGAGUACGCCGACCCGAUGGCGCUCGAAGAAGCGCUCUGGCGGAACUUCGGCGAGUGGGGCGAAGUGGAAAAUAUCAACCUGAUCAGCCGCCUCUCGAUCGCCUUCGUGCGCUACCGCUACCGCGCGCACGCCGAAUUCGCCUUCAUGGCCAUGGCCAAUAAUCAUUUGGACCACGGCGAAAACCUGAACGUGCGCUGGGCGCACGACGACCCGAACCCGGUCGCGCACGACGCGGCCGCGCGCGCCGACGCCGACGCGUUGGUCGAGAUGCUGAAAGCGAAGGGCGCCGCCGUGGAUGGCGGGGAGGUCGUGGCCGACGCGCCCCUGGACUACGCCGCGCCGCCGCCGAAGCGCGCCAAGUCGGAGGACGCCGGCGCCGCGUACCCAGACACGGACGCCCAGUACGCGGACGCGGCCCGGGCGUGGACGGCGGUGCCCGUCCCGGGCGAGCCCUCCCGGACCUACUGGUGGAACGAGGCGACGGGCGAGACGUCGGCCGCGAAGCCCGCGGUCGUCGCCGACGCGGCCUGCGACGCCGCGAACGCCGCGCUCGACGCCGCCGACGCCGCCGCCGCCGCCGGGUCGGUCCCGGGCUGGGCCGAGGCCACGGACGAAGUGUCGGGGCGCAGGUACUUCUACCACGCCGCGACGCGGCAAACGGCCUGGGAGCGGCCGACGGCGAGGUAA